AUGGUACAUGAAGUCAGAAACCAGAGCUCUGUGUCCACAUUUAUUCUGAUGGGAUUCUCAGAAUUCCCACACCUCCAGGCACCUCUCUUCCUGCUGUUCAUCAGCAUCUACACAGUCACUCUGGUGGGGAUCUUGGGCAUAAUCCUAGUGAGAAGGCUCAGUCCCAAGCUUCAAACAUCCAUGUACUUUUUCCUCAGCCACCUCUCAUUUCUGGACAUUUGUUACUCCAGUGUAAUCACACCCAAGGUGUUAGAGAUCUUGGUUGUGGAAGACAGAAUGAUCUCCUUCAAUGGAUGCAUGACACAGUUUUUCUUAGACUAUGCAUGUGUGAUUACAGAAAUGUUCAUGUUGGCAGUGAUGGCUUAUGACCGGUUUGUGGCCGUGUAUAACCACCUGCUCUACACAGUUGCUAUGUCUCACAAGUUCUGUGCCUUACUGGUGGCUGGAACUUACAUAUGGGGUAGUCUCUGCUCCAUGACACUCACCUAUUCUCUAGUAGGACUGUCCUAUUGUGGAUCUAACAUCAUAAAUCACUUUGUCUAUGAGUACUCUGCCAUCCUCUCUGCCUCCUGCUCUGACCCCUCCUUCAGCCAGAUGGUGUGUUUCAUCAUUUCUACAUUCAAUGAAGCAUGUAACCUGCUGAUCAUCAUGGCCUCCUAUGUCUUCAUUGUUGCCACUGUCAUCAGGAUGCCUUCCAAGGGUGACCUCCACAAAGCCUUCUCCAUCUGUACCUCUCAUCUGACUGCCAUCAGCAUCUUCCAUGGGAUCAUCCUGCUUCUCUACUGUGUGCCCCAUGACAAAAGCUCCUGGCUCCUGAUGAAAGAGGAAAGUGCACUCAAUGCAGUCAUGAUCCCCAUGCUGAAUCCCCUGAUCACAAAGAUGUGA